AUGCAUGGUACGCAUAUAAUUGGCUCCACCGGAAAAUGGCCGUGGAAGAUCGAAGAAGUGUUGAAACAUUAUGGCGACUUUGUUCGUAUCGCACCGAAUGAGCUUUUAUUUCUUACACCGCAAGCAGGAAAGGAUAUACACGCAACGCAUAUGAAAAAUCUCGAAACUUUUGUCAAAACAGACUUCGAAGAUCUAGGAGAAGAUGGAGGAAUUUCCUUCGAGAUCGAUCCAGUCAAGUACCGCGAUGUAGCCAGAAGACUUUCUCCCGCAUUCAGCGCUAGAAAUGCUAAAGCUAAGGAAGCGGUUUUGCAUAAAUAUAUUGACUUAUUUGUUGAUAAGAUGAAAGCGAUGAAAGAUGAGAAGGGUGUUGAACUGCAUCAGUGGGCACAUUGGUUGACUAUGGAUGUCUCUGCGGAUAUGACAUAUAAUCGUCAAAUAAACCAAAUGAAAAAUGAGAAGAGUUCUCUUCUAUUGAAUGCUGUGAUCAAAGUCAACCUAUUUUUAACGAUCCAAGCAGUAUCCAAAAAGCUCCCUCUCCUCAGUCCACUUCUGUACUUAUUCAUUCCCCGAUCCGUCUGGCUCACCAUGCCACGGGUUUUGAAGAUCAACAGCCAAAAAGUCCCUUCACGAAUUGAACGCAGGGGAAAGACGAAACACCUGGAUUACUGCGAACAACUUAUCCCAAGAGAUGCGCCAGCUCCUAGAGAUCAGAAGCAAAUCAAUUACUUGGAGCAAAUAGCGGAAACUUUUCACAUCCAUCAGAAUACGUAUAAUGGUCUUCCGCGCAUGAGUUCCGGGGCCAUCGUCGAUAGCAACUACAUUCCGCGCGGAGUCAUCUGCCAAAUCAGUCACUUUGCAGCAGCACGCAACUCACGCUACUUUUCGGAUCCACUCCAGUAUCGUCCACAGCGAUGGCUUCCAUCCAACCACCCAGAAUACGAUAAAAAAUAUCAAAAUGAUAAUCUCAAGGCUUUUUUACCCUUCAAUCAAGGUCCUAGAAUGUUUCCAGCCUCUGCAAUUGCAUGGGCCCAGAUGAAAUUAUAA